AAAAUAUUGUGGUUUGUGGUUAGGAGCUUGUUUACAUUUUCGUUUCUUGCUUUCGAGAGAAUUAGCGAUCAAAGUGUUACUUUUAUCAGAACUGGUGGUUUAAAUUAAUCUACCAUUAUGCAAAACUUUGUGUUUACUCUUCACUGAUUACGGGCUCCCUGAGUGCCAACAUUAUUUUCAAUUUGAAUCUUCUGAAUUCUCAUACCAUAGUUCCCUAGUCAAGUCUAUGAAUUCAAUCCCAAAAUAAAUGCAACAUUUUCUUCUGGGAAUAUAUUAAAGAAGAAAAAAACAUGGGGUCCGAACAUUUGAAUUGGAUCCUGGAAAAUGUGAGUGCUUUCAUGCUGAAAGAAGAAACAAAGACAGAUCUACCAAGCUGGAAGACGGAUAUCAAUAAUACUUUUGACGAAGACUUGGUCAAGUUUGAGGAUGGCAUAUUGCUAUCGCCUCUGGUCAGACUGACUUACUUGCAGCAUCUUCGAAAUUCGCUGAAAAACAAUUACCUCCAAUGCCAAAAAGGAUUCAAAGACUGCAGCGACAUGAUAACAAAGCGCAUUGAAAACUGUGCAAUACUAAUGGAACAGAAAGCUUUAAGGUUAUGCAUGGUUGCAAGCUAUUAUCAAAGAACCAUGGCCACUAUUAUAAGUGAUAUUAAAAAUCUCACAAACAACAGCCAAUUGAAUAAAGAGCUAGGAAGAUGCCUUUGUAGUGAUUAUUUAUGUCUCCGUGAGGACAAAAAUAUUCAGACUGAAUUUCGUCCUUGUAGAUUAAGCCGAGGGGUACAGACCUCGGAUCACAAACCUUGGACGGAGACAGACUUGGAUACGCUUUCAAGUCAGCGCAUUACAAAGUUGAGUCGUAGGACUUCACUCAGCCAUAACGAAAAUCCUCAGUUCAACAAAUCAUUUCAUGAUAAUAUGAGUGCAAAUCUCAGUCCAUCGCAAGCUUUUAAUCACACGGGCAAUUCUUACAAGUCAUCUCACAAACCAGUUCCUAAUCAUUUGUCGAGAAACAACUCUCGCAAACGCUCCUUUCAGGAUCUCACAGGGUGCGCACAAAGUCAGCCAGAAAAUUCAUUUUCAUCAACGCCUCAAAGCAAUUAUGACUGUGCAGGUCAGAGUGUUAUCGUCAAAAAAAUUAUCGAUGAUUAUGCAGCUAGUUUUUCAGGGGAAGAGAACUCCUCUGUCGGCAAAAAAGCAAAAUCGAAUGUUGAAGAGACUGACUCUAAAACGUAUGACAGUUUAGAUGAUAGAUUGCAAGCUCUCUUUGCUGAUGACCCACCGUGUAGUGACAAAAUGUCAGUUGAUGUUCCUAGCAUCAGAAGCAGCCACAAGUCUUGUGAAGAAAUAAUGAAAGAUUUACUGGGAUCAGAUGAUGAUGACUUUCCUCUGGACAGCCAAGAAAUUGAGGAGCUCAGCCGAGAUUUGUCGGACAAUGAACAUGAUAAUAAUUCAGUCUCUCAGUCCCCGGUUGAAUCUGAGAUCAAAGAAAUCAAGAGACCUAAAAUAUCUAGUCCCAUCAGUUCAGAAAUCGACAGUGCGCAUAAUGCUAAACUCGUCUUGUCAGAGCUUGAGGUUGACCCGAAUGUUCGGCUCAAGUCUCAUUUAGUUCCGUGGCUAUCCGAACGUGUUGCUCAAGUGUGUUACUUUAACAAGCUCAUGCAGCGAAUGCCCCCUGACAAAAGGCGAGCUCUGGAGAAACAAUGUUUAGAAUUAUUCGGGGCCUGCUGCAUGUUCGAUAAUGAUGAUCUCUCGGCAGAAGAACAAGAGAUUAUCUGCCGAAAACGUAUCGCGAAGAUUGUUUGUCAUUACCUUCGACCUUACUUCAAGUCCAAACAAAUAGGGAACAAAGAUUUGUUCCAGACCAUCGCCAAGCAUAUCACAGAAGAACUGCUGAAUAAACAUUUGGCUGCAGAUGAAAAUAUGGCGAGAAAAAGUGUUCAAAGGUUCUUUGAAAAAAAUGGAAAAAUUAAAUGCAUCGAACAGUUACCAUUUGAUGUAAAACCGAAAAUUCCCAUCAUCGAUGCUUUCUAAAUCGAGGAGUAGUUUAGAAAACUUCGGAUUUAAUUGAUACUCAUGUCUGUUCCUAGUUGUAAGAUAGCAAUAUUGUUUCAGGGAAGACCCAUCAUAGUAGUCAGUUAAGUUUCAUAUUUUUGACGUUAUUACAGUAGUUGUUGGGUAGGAUAUUCCAUGUGACGAUUAUAUUGUGAUAAUCUCUUGAAAUUAUUUCUCAGUAAACUCUUGAGUACUGAUCCUCUGUCUGUUAACCAUUUUUACUUAAUCACUUUUCUUCACAUGACAGUCAUUUAUACAAUUUUCCUGCUUAACAUUGCAAGAUUUAAGUUGGAAAAAGUCAUUGAUUUUUUUUCUUGAAUAGAUGGGAAGCAAAGUACUUAUGACAUGAACCGAAAAGUUUCAUAAGAUUUUUGUGUUGAAUUUUUGCUCUUGGUUUAAAAUAAAAUUAUAAAAAUUUUAAA